AUGGGUUCAGUGGCUGCCGAGGAGUACGUGAGGACGUCUCGUCAGGUAGUAUUCAAAAUCCAACGUGCUGUGAACAGAACUCUGGUUGAAGGGGGCCCUGAGGAUUUCUUCGAAGAUGAAUUGAUUGGGAAAUUUGGCAAGUUCGCAGAGGAUCACGGUGCUAAUCCGACCAGGAUUGCGAGGCGCCACAAAGUCUUGAGCAAUGUUUCUGGAAAGAACUGCCUGGGAGGUAUAUACCCCACGCUGGAAGUGGAAACCAAGGAUUUAGAUUUGGUGGAAGACUUCAUUGACGAGGGGCAAGAGGAGGCGGUUGCACGGUUUGCUCAAAUGGAAUCUUUUCAUUUGGCAAAAGAAUCAAAGUAUUUUGUCAUCGUGUCUCGAAGGGCAGGUUUGAAGCGGCUCCACAUGUCAGGCUGUCACGUCAAGCCCGGCCGGGCCCGCCGGCGCCGGGGCAAUGGUGGUGAUCCUGAUGCAGUGAAUAGGGAGUUUGUCUCCCAGAACAUGGAUUCCGACCUCCAAUUCAUUUUGGGUGAUUCUGUCAGUAUUGGGAACCAGGCCGCCAUCGCUAGGCGGUACGGAUCUUUGAGGAAGUUCUCAGCAUUGGGCGAUGAUCGUGCUUCGAUUCGGACCGCGUGCCUGCAUGAUUUCGCAAUCCCCCAGGACACACCCCAGGGUAGGGCUGAGACCGCCGCAGUAGUCUCCUCUUGGGAGAUUGCAAAGGAGUUCUUGGCGAAGGAAGUGGAGCUUCGUGCAGAGGCCAAGGUCCUGGGGCAACCUCGCAUUUUGCAGAUUCAUGAGAGGCAGGCCAUGUUGAAAGCAGUGGAGGCUGUUUAUGGGACUUUGGGUGACUCGGAAUGCCCUGCGCCUGAUUAUCUUUCACUCAAAGCUGAGGAAACUGAGGCGAACGAACCAACCGCCUCACCUUUGGACGAGAUCAUUAGCAAACAGGCCUCUUCGUUUUCGCAGCUUCAAUCCGCUGUUGAUUCGACCGGGCUCAUUCGUGUGACUCGCGCAAAAGGUAAAUCUAAGAUGCCGGUCAACGCGGAGGAAUAUCGUAAAGUGAUGAAAGUUGAAAUGUAUGCAUGGCUUUCCAUGGCUUCGAGGUGUAGGUCUAAGCAUUGGUUGCAUGGUUUGACUGCAGAACCGUUCACCAAGUUCGUUGAAUAUAUCCUUGGUGAGCGUGUAUUGAACAUCCAGAUUCCGACGACGUCGCCAGAGCAGCAACAGAGAGUCAAGCCUGAUUGGACAAUCGUCUUAGCCUAUGAGCACAAGUUGCGCCGUGAGGCCAUGAAGCUGGUAAUCAAUCAGGGUCAUACUUUAGCCGACGCCUUGCCUUCAGUCAUCCGUGAUGCUGAUCUCAAAGAAGCUUUCUUCGCGACACCUGUCCCAAGGCUUUUGAAACAGGCUGAAGUACUUGACCUGACUGGUGAGGACGACAUGGCUCCCCCAGAGCGCUCCGGUCGAUCAGCUUGUGAGGAUGAGGUUCUGGCAGUGCUUCGUCGUGAGUGGGCAGGGUUGCUACCGGAUCCGGAGGAUGCGUUGGUUGUGGAUCAGGGGUCUGCUCAGGUUUGCCCCCCGAAGGUCAAGCAUCGCAAGGUGGAUGAUUCAGACUUUUGCCCGAUUGCGCAAAACUAUGCAUCCGCAGACAUGUCAUCCUCGGAGCUUGAAACGAAGUUUAGGGAGGAGGAAGCCCUCGGCAGGAUGUUCCCUUCCAAAAUGGGCGUGCUUCGUGAGCAGUAUGGUGACAAGCUGAGGAUCGCAUCAAUGGCGGCCAUCAAGAAACCGGACGGGACAGACAAUUGGCUUCUCCAUAUGAUUUAUGUGGAUGACUUGCAUGGUGCAUUCAUAGGACAGCAUAAAUUUUGGCUCCUUUGGAUCUGGCUAUUGGCCUUCGAACUCGUGGGGGUUCCUUUUGGGUACCAUAAGUUCCACGGUGGCUUUGCCUCGGAGUUUGUUGGUUUCCACUUGAGAUACGACCUUGCAGAAGUUGGCAUUUCCGAGAAGAGGGGUCAAUGGUUGCUUGAAUGGAUUGCAAAAACUGCCGCCGAUCGCUUUGUCGUUGUGGCUAGGUCUUUCAUUGAGUUCCUUGGUCGUUUGGGGUUCGUCUCACAGCUGCUUGUCUGGCUGAAGCCGUGCUUGUCUCCUUUGUUUGCAUGGGCCGCCGUGGUGGCCCCGGGCACUGUGGGGAAGCUGCCUGACACUGUGAUUCUUACUUUAAAGUACAUCGACUUGGAAUUAAAGGGUGAGACCUUCUUGAUUUCUGUUAAGAGGCCCGUUGUGGUUUCGCGCGAGAUCUUCAGGACUGACGCAAAACGCACUGACGACUUGGUGGUCUUGGGGGGUUGGAAACUUGACACUAGGAGAUGGUUCUCAUUAAGGUCAACGCAGCGUGAUGUCCCGUUCUUUUUCCAGGAAGGGAAGGGGGCAAUGUGGGCAUCGACCUCGGCGGAGCUCUUAGCAUCUUUGGUUGCCCUCGGUGUGUUCGGUUGGAUCACGCAAGGGAAGCACCGCAAGUCGGUCCCUGUGGUGCUUGCAGCAGGCACAGAUAACCGUGCCAACGAUGUGUUAUCAACCAAGCGCACGACGACGAAAUGGCCCCUCAUGGCCAUAAACAUGCAACUCUCAUCUGCCAUCGCCAAGGCAAGACUUUCGUUAGACCUGAGAUGGAGAGCAAGGGAAGAGAACGAGGAGGCUGACAGCCUCACCAAUGAGGUCUUCGAUGCAUUUGACUUGAGCAAGCGAAUUCCAGUGUGUUUCUCGGAUAUCGACCUUUCCACGGUCUUCGCCCUUUGGGAGACAAAGCGGGAAUUCGAGGAGUUAAAGGAACGAGACUUCACCACCUUCGCGUAA